AAAAAUGCACGAGUGUAUAUAAAGAUUUGCAAUCGCAAUCAUGCUGAAUGCAGUGUGUACUGUUAAGCGAUACCGAAGAGACAGUGAAUUUAUUCGAAUAAAAAAAUGAAAGGGGUAUUUCAAUUUCUUUUGACACUGGUAGUUCUUCUACUUCUGGUAAUUAGCGUUUUUGCUAAUGCGGUUGUUUGCCCGCCAAAAAAUGAGGCAGACGUUACUCUGCUUCCAAAUCCAGAUAGUUGUAAAACAUUCUAUCUGUGCAACGAUGGCAUCCCGUAUUUGAUGCAGUGUCCGGAUGGGCUUGAUUUCAACCCCGAAGAAAGAGUAUGCGAUUUACCUGAGCAAGCGAACUGUAUAUCAUCUGGUGUAAUAACUACUACUGAAUCAGUUUCUGAAGAACCUCCUACAGCAACACCGUCAGUAAAGGACACAGACUUUGAAGCCAGUUUUGAAGACGAAGAGUUUGGUCUCCAGUUUGAUUAACUAAAUUAGAAUUGCAAUUUAUGCGAAAUGUGCAUUAAAGUAGUCGAUUAUGUAGAUUAAAAAUUAAAAAGCAUAUCGUUCAA